AUGGAGGGCGAGGCGAGCAAGACGAAGACGGUGUGCGUGACCGGCGCCGGCGGCUUCGUCGGCUCGUGGCUCGUGAAGCGGCUCCUGUCCACGGGCGAGUACACGGUGCAUGGCACCGUUCGCGACCUCGGUGAUCGCAGGACCGGCCACCUGAAGGCGCUGGACGGCGCCGGCGAGCGGCUGCGGCUGUUCAAGGCCGACGUGCUGGACUACGCGAGCGUGGCGUACACCGUGACCGGCUGCGGCGGCGUCUUCCACGUCGCCAGCCCCGUCCCCGCCGACAAGCCCCAGAACCCCGAGGUGGAGGUCCUGGCUCCGGCGGUGAGGGGCACGCAGAACGUGCUCAAGGCCUGCCACCAAGCCAAGGUCGGCCGCGUCGUCGUGGUGUCGUCGGCAGCCGCGGUGGCCAUGAACCCCGGCUUCCCCAGGGACGCCGUCCUGGACGAGGACGCGUGGUCAGACGAGGACCACUGCAGAACCACGGGGAUGUGGUACGCCCUCUCCAAGACACUGGCCGAGCGCGAGGCUCUGGCCUACGCCGAGAAGACCGGGCUGGACGUGGUCACCGUGUGCCCGCCCUUGGUCCUCGGCCCGCUGCUGUAG